AUGUUCAAAACAUCACGAAAGAAACUACUUAUUUAUUCAUAUGAUGAAUACUGGCGCCGCCUUUAUCAAUACUUCGAGCUAUUCGCCCGUCGCCGCGUCGGUAAGGAUACCCGUCAACAGAUACGACGAUUUCUCGCAGGUGUUUCCCCAGCCGAGCGCAAAAUUCCCCGACGAAUAAAGGACAAAAAUACUCCAGAUGUGGAUGCUUUUGGUGUGAUUUACCGGCAUCACUGGGCCCAUUCGAGAUUUUUUCGUCACGGGAGCAUGAUUGUUCAGUUUGCUACAGUCCAGCUCUGGUCCGCCAUUACAGGUACGCGACCUGGUGUCUUGCUUCCUCAAGACACAUCGCCUGGUAAUCCAGUUUUGGGUAAACGCAAACGGGAUGACACCUUCCAGAGUGACCUUCCAAAGCACAUUUCCUUGAAAGAUCUUCCAGACUCGGUCUGCUAUCGCGAUAUCGAACUUUUCUACCUGAAAGACCUUCAAGGUAAACGUGAUGUCCUCCGUGCCAUCAUCGAGUUUCGCAAUCUCAAAGGUCGACCGGAAGGCGACCUACAGUGA